AUGCGCUGUUCCUAUCUGGCUGCUCGACUCGAACGCGCCGGCUCGGUAGAUCCUUCGUUGCUAGCCUCUUGUGCCGCCUGCCAUAACGGCCUCCGCUCAGGCCCACCGCAGGAGGGCAUGAUAACCUCGUCGCCAACCGCUGCCGCGCUGCUAUGCGCUUCUCCCAACCCUCCUCCCGCUGCUGCCACCGAUCUUGCCUCUCCGUCUCCCUUCUUCGACAACCACCGUGCACCGCCACUUCGCUCGCCUGCCGCUUCCCGCCCCCCUCGUCCCGCUCCCUGCACCCGCAGCUUGCCCGGGCUCCAGGACGUACAGGUUGCGUUUCGACGCCAGACGGUGGAUGCGGGCACCCAAUACUCCCGCCCGGCAACUCCAACUUCACAAGUGGUGCCCACUUUCAACCCAUCUUCCUCCUCCACCUCCAGCCUCCCAGCCGCACCCGAUCCUCCCGUCACCACCACCGACGAGCCCUCCCCUUCUUCACCGGCCGCGCAAUUGAGCCAGGACUGUGCAUCCCCUGAGCCUGGCUCACGAAUGCCAUCAACCGCUGCGGGAACUAAGCGUAGCACGCCGGAUACACGGGCAAUAUCAAAUUCGGGUUCGGGUUCGGGUUCGAAUUCUGGCGACGGCGACUUACCGGAUGGCUCGGUAUCGAAACGACUUCGACAGGCGAAAUCGGCCGUCAAGAUCCUUCCUCGACGAUAUGAACAGGCGGAUCCAAAAGACCUGGUGGUCCUGAUAUCCAGUAUGCUCAUGGAGUUGAUUAGGAACAACGACCAAAUUCCUCUGCGCGAUGGUCGCCUGACACGCUUCCAUUCGCGAUCCCCGCCCCGCAUCUCAGUUCAGGACUACUUGCAGCGCUUAACCACCCACGCCACCCUCUCACCCCCCAUCCUAUUGAGCAUGGUUUACUAUAUCGAUCGCUUGUGCGCUUUAUACCCCGCUUUUACAGUGUCCAGUUUAACCGUCCACCGAUUCUUGAUUACGGCAGCGACUGUGGCAAGUAAGGGGCUCAGCGACAGCUUCUGGACAAACAAAACCUAUUCGAGAGUGGGCGGGAUUACAAUUGCCGAGUUGGCCUUAUUGGAGUUGGAGUUUCUUUGGCGUGUGGAAUGGCGAAUUGUUCCUCGGCCGGAGGUGCUUGUUGACUAUUACCAGAACCUUGUGGAAAGGUGCGACGAAUACGCGAUGGAGCCUGAGGACAUUGACAGUGAGCUGAGUGCGAGAAAUUCAAGUUCUCGACGUGGCACUGGCGCGACUGGUCAAAGGAGCCCCUCAUGA